GCUGUGGUCGAAAUCACACACGGGAAAGUACAAUUCAGAUCCCGAGCUUCACAUGGCAGCUCGCCAACUUCUCUUGUGGCUUCGGAUGGACUUGUAUGACGAAGCUCUGUGAGCGUUUGCGCUGCAGAGAGCGCUCACGAGGGGGCGGGGAAUGGGGACUGCUGAUGGGGCUGGCGGAGGCUAUAGAGGAUGUGUUUGGUGUUGAAGAUGGCGGGGCGGUGGUUGCUGCCAUGGCAGAGCUGCACGGGAGGCUGCAGGUGAAGCUGGGUGAGGCCCGGCUGCUGGGUUCCCCGUGGCGGUUUUUGAGGAUGGCCGGGCAGAGGGAGGAGGAGGUGCGUCCGAAAGCGCAAGGGAGAGGGGCAGCCACACUCGUGUCUGCACCUCCCAACCCCUCUCUCCGCCCCCACUGCCCUAAUCUCACCUUCCUUCUCUUCCCCCCAAACCCCCCUUUUCUUGCCCUUCCUUCCCGCUUCCCCUCCCUCCUUGUUUCCCCAUAUCCCCCCUCCUACUCCUUGCUCUCCCUGUCGCACCACUCCGUGCCGCCGCCCGCCCAAGUGAGCCCUGCAGCACCCGUGCCCGCCUUCUACUCCUUCUUGGGGCCGCGCCUGGGCGACGCAAGCGCCGCGGGCAGCGCAGGUAGACUGGCGGCGGGUGCAGUGGAGCAGCAGGGUGAAGCCCGUUGCCUCAGCCUCUCCUCCGCACGCCUCGCACUAGCAGCAUUAGCUCCUCUUUUGCGCGCCUCCCCUACACUACUGCCCCUGGGAGACGACUCGAGGGCAGCAUGGGCAGGAGAAUGGGAGGGAGGGGAGAGGGAAGAGGGGGGGGAGAGGGAAGAGGGGGGGGAGAAGGUGGGGGAGAAGGGGCGGGAGGGAGCAUGA